UUUUUUAAUUGGCGGGAACCGCCAGUGUCAACAGCUUUCUAACCAAGAAGAAAUGAACGAAAGGCUUCAGUACCACAUUCAAUAAUUUAUUAACUUAAUUAAUUAUAAUUCCGUGAAAUGCAGGCAUUUUUGAAGACCGGAAAAGUUGGAUCCAGUGGAGGGGCUAAACCCUCGACAUCAAAAGGUCCUAAAGAAAUUAAAAAUUCAGCUGCACCUCCUUGGGUUGAAAAAUACCGACCUAGAACCGUCGAGGAUGUAGUGGAGCAAGGGGAAGUGGUGGAAGUCCUCCGUCAGUGCAUGACAGGUGGAGAUUUUCCAAAUUUAUUAUUCUACGGACCCCCAGGCACAGGAAAAACUAGUACAAUCCUCGCAGCUGCGAGACAACUAUUCGGUAAUAUGUACAAACAGAGAAUCCUCGAGCUCAAUGCCUCGGACGAACGAGGGAUUCAAGUCGUCAGGGACAAGGUCAAAACGUUUUCUCAAUUAACCGCAGCUAACACCACACCAGAAGGAAAACCCUGUCCUCCCUUCAAAAUCGUGAUCCUAGAUGAAGCAGACAGUAUGACCCAUGCAGCCCAAUCAGCCCUUCGUCGCACGAUGGAGAAGGAAUCCCACAGCACUCGUUUCUGCCUCAUCUGCAAUUACGUAUCGAGGAUCAUCGAGCCUCUGACAUCUCGUUGUACUAAAUUCAGGUUCAAACCCCUGGGGCAUGAGAAAAUCAUCGAGCGACUGGAGUUUAUUUGCAAGAAUGAAGAGAUCACGGCGGAUAAAUAUGUAUUAACGAAACUGGUUGAUGCCUCUGGGGGAGAUCUUCGAAGGGCUAUCACUUGUCUCCAGUCUGUGACUAGAUUGAAGGGCAAGGGGAUCGAGAUCACUCUCGAGGAUGUGCUCGAAGUCACUGGGGUGAUUCCAGACAAAUGGCUGGCAAAAUUACUCGAGGUAUGCGAAAGUAACGACUUCAAGAAAGUAGAGCAGUUCGUCGAUGAAUUUUUACUAGAGGCUUACUCCACGUCUCAACUGAUUGAGCAACUCAGUGACAGAAUAAUAUCUUCUGAUUCGUUCAGUGACACCCAGAAAGCUUUCAUCGGAGAGAACCUAGGGGAAUGUGCCUACAGAUUAUUAGACGGCAGCAGUGAAUACAUCCAAUUAAUUCACCUGUGCUGCGUGAUAAUGCAGGCGAAUCGAAAACGUUGACCUAAAUUUUCAAAACUCUGUAAAUCCCUCAAUUUUGUACUCCCUAGAAUAAACGCAAAUAAAUAAUAUUUUCAAAC